AAUGUAGUAAUAAAAGUACUCUAAAAAAACAUGUUUUUUUUUAAUUACUAUUUAAUUCCUUCCGCUGUCAAAGCACCUUCCUUUCUUCUCAAAGGUCUCUCUCUGCCUUUUCCAUGGCCGCACCCUGAAGAAGAAUCAUCAUGUUUUCCUUUCAACUGAAGCAAGAAUCUUACUAACUCCCAAAAUCCCACCAUUUCCCUCAUCCCUUCUGCCUAAAUUCUUUCACUUUAUUUAACUUUUUUGGCUUCAAGUUUAACCCUCACUCCACCGUAGCCAUGUCAAGUCAAUUCAGGGACAAACCCACCAGCGAAUCCAAGCGGCACGGUCAGCAGUCUCACCACUCGGAACCGCCGAUGCCCAAUUACCUAGUUGAAGCCAUCCCUUCUCCUUUUUCCGACGCCGCACGGAGUCUUUCUAGUGAAAAGCCGUUGACUUAUAUACCGCAGUCCGAGAGGAACGGGGAAACGUCUGCUUCGCCUGCGCCGGCGGGUUCCUCGGCUUCUCUGCAGCGGUCGUUGACCUCAACGGCGGCCAGUAAGGUGAAGAAGGCGCUGGGGUUGGAGUCGUCCGGGAGGAGGAGAAAUGGUGGGGAAUCGUCGGGUCAGGAGAGAGUGAAGAGAGCUGUAACUACCGGGGAUGAGAAGGAUGAGGAUGCUGGAAAAGUGAAGAAAAAGGUGCAGCAGAUGGAAGAUGGGUAGAGAGAGCAAUCGGCAGAGGGAGAUGCAAAAUCAGAAAAAGGGAAAAAAGAUGGAACAAUCGACAGAUGGAGAAGAUGGGUAGAGAGGAGCAAUCGACAAAUGAAGACACCAGAAAAGUCAAGAUCGGGAUCUGGGGAAGAUGCAAUCGGGAGGCAGAGGUGGAAAGGAGGAAUCGGAGGUAGGGGGAGACGCGAAAUUCG